CUCUCGAUCCGCGAUCGCCGUCGCGCUCCUAAGCCCCAACGCACGUACGCGCGCAGCGGAUCAAGAGCGCCAGCGAUGGCACCCGUGACGCAGAAGCAGCACCACUACACCGAACGGUGGGGCGAUCUCCUGGACGACGACGACCUCGACCUCGGCGUGCUCCUCCCGCCGCCGGUCGUCGUCGGGCCCGACGCCAAGGGCAUCAAGAAGGUGAUCGAGUAUCGGAUCGACGCCGAGGGCAACAAGGUGAAGGUCACCACCACCAAGCAAGUACGCACGGUGCGCCGCUCCAAGAACGCCAUCGAGCGCCGCUCCUGGUCCAAGUUCGGCGACGCCGCCAAGGAGGCCGCCGGAUCGCGCCUCACCAUGGUCUCCACAGAAGAAAUCCUCCUCGACCGCACGGGUGCCUCAGGGAGCAAAGCCGACGAGCUAUUUACUAAGCUUGAUUCGCUGGCUAAGGCGAAUGAAACGCAAGGGGGAGUUCUCAUGGUUUGCAGAACCUGUGGGAAGAAGGGUGACCACUGGACCUCAAAGUGCCCCUACAAGGACCUUGCUCCACAACAGGGUGAAAGUUCUACUGACAGGCCUCCUAGUGCGGACGGCUCUGCAACACCUGCGAAGGGUGGAACAUAUGUUCCUGUUUUCAGGAGGUCAGGUGCUGAUAGGAGUGGAGCAGAUGUGAUGAGGCGGAGGAAUGACGAGAACUCUGUCCGCGUGAGCAACCUAUCAGAGGAUGCACGCGAUCAUGACCUCGCAGAGCUGUUCGGCCAGUUUGGCCCUCUCAACCGUGUAUAUGUGGCAUUGGAUCGGGCGACUGGAGAAAGCAGGGGGUUUGGCUUCGUGAACUUUGUUCACAGGGAGGAUGGCGAGAAGGCUAUCAAGAAGCUUAAUGGCUACGGUUACGAUAACCUUAUCCUAUGCGUGGAUUGGGCAGGACCAAGGCCCAACUAGUUUUUGCUACUAGUGCUUAAAAGUUUAUAUUUUUUUUCUUUUUUCUACUCGUGUUAUACUGUCAGUAUGACGGUUUAAAGUAGCAGUCUUUGUGAACAUACCUUUGUCGCGAUGCUGAUUUAUGUUAUUGGACGACAAUACUUGAACUCGCUGAUGUUUUUGCUGCGGCAAUAGUCUUGCAAUUGUGAAAUU